UCACGAUUGACUGCGCACGCGUAUUGGAGGCUGCGGCUGAGUCAGCGUCGUCUCGUUCUAAGAAUCAGUAUGGCCUCUUUGAAACGGCUUUUCGGAGGGAGCAAGAAACAAGGUGAUGCUCCUCCAACACCACAAGAGGCUAUCCAGAGACUUCGGCAAACGGAAGAGAUGUUAGAAAAGAAGACGGACUACUUAGAGAAGAAGAUCCAAGCAGAGCUUGUUAAUGCCAAGAAACACGGAACGAAGAACAAACGAGCUGCGCUAAUGGCGUUGAAACGAAAGAAGCGUUACGAAAAACAACUAGCUCAGAUUGACGGUACACUAUCAACGAUAGAAUUUCAGAGAGAAGCAUUGGAGAAUGCGAACACAAACGCGGAGGUUCUAAAGAAUAUGGGCGUGGCUGCCAAGGCUCUGAAGGCAGCCCACAAACAGCUUGAUGUUGACGAUGUACAUGAUCUAAUGGACGACAUUCAGGAACAAAAUGAGUUAGCUGAUGAGAUUACUCAGGCUCUUACCCAAGGAAUCGGUGCCCAGUCAGACUUUGAUGAUGAUGAUUUGCUUGCUGAACUGGAAGAGAUGGAACAGCGUGAUCUGGAUGAGAAGUUGCUAGAUGUAGAAAGAUCUGAGUUGGAAUUGCCAGAAGUACCUGAAAGUGCACCUCCAGCUGCAGCUGCCAAAUCAAAACCAGUGAAGGCAAAGACACACGAAGAUGAGGAACUGGCGGCAUUGGAGAACUGGGCAGCAGCAUAGAUAUGUAUAGAUAGGUAAUGCUUAUUGUUGUCAAUAGGACAAUUGAAUGUCCACAAGUUGUUAUGUAUUAUGAUCAUGUAUUGCAAGCAAUGAAGUUGUGCUGCUUUGUCUUGGAAUGUAACAUCAAAAUCACUGUG